AUGUUUAACGAGGUCUCAACCCGCACUAAAGCAUGUACUGAGCUUAUCUCAAAUCAUCAACUCACAUUUGAAGAAGGUUUGCAGUCAUUAAAGCAAAUUUGUGAAAUUCAUGAUCGAACAGAGGAGGAAGCUAAAGAGCUUCGUGAGAAAGUAUCAGGGUUAUCUAAGAGAAAGCAACUUCUAGUGUGUGACUUGAGCAAGAGCUUGCAUUAUCAAGAUGAGUUAAAGAAAUUGAAUCAAGACCUUCAACUCAAAUCUAACAAGGUGAUUGGUCAUCGUACAACAACAAUCAUGGAGUGA